CGCUGUCGCGGCACGUAUACAUAUUGCGCCGCGCACCCACUCCCCACCGAACCACCGCACCACAUCACACCAACCCCCAAAACCUCCCCGCAUCUGGCGCCUCUCCCCCGCCGCCGCCGCCGCCGAGGACACCGAGCUUCUCCCCCGCCUGAUCGCCAUGGCCGCCCCGACGGCCUUCGCCGCCGCCAAGUUCCUCCCCUCCGCCCACCUCGACUCCUCCGCCCGCCUCGCGCCGCUCCGCGCCGCCCCGACCUCCAACCUCGCCUUCUCCCCGCUGCCCGCCUCCUCCUCGGCACUCCUCGCCCUCCGCUCAGCUUCCCCGUCCCCGUCCCCAUCCGGGCCGGGAGGGAAGCUGCCCCCGCCCCCGCCCCCGCGCUCCUACGGCGGCGGCGGCGGCGGAUCUGGCGACGCAGCGGACUCCGGGGGCGCCAGCGACGGCGCCGGCGGCCGCGCAGGCAUCCUCGGCAUGUUCCUCGCCGGGUGGGCGGCCCGCGUCGCCGCGGAUCCCCAGUUCCCGUUCAAGGUGCUCAUGGAGGAGCUGGUCGGCGUCACCGCCUGCGUGCUCGGCGACAUGUCGUCCCGCCCCAACUUCGGCCUCAACGAGCUCGACUUCGUCUUCUCCACCCUCGUUGUCGGAUCCAUCCUCAACUUCGUGCUCAUGUACAUGCUCGCUCCCACAGCCGGGGUCUCCGCCGCCGCCUCUGCCGCCGCCUCUGCCGCCGUCUCCUCCCUCCCCAGCCACAUGUUCGAGCCGGGUGCUUACUCGCUCGGCUCCCGCGUCGCGACCCUCGUGUCCAAGGGCACCACGUUCGCGGUGGUGGGGUUCGGGGCCGGGCUCAUGGGCACCGCGAUCUCCAACGGGCUCAUCGCCUUGAGGAAGCGCAUGGACCCGGCCUUCGAGACCCCCAACAAGGCGCCGCCCACGCUGCUCAACGCAGGCACCUGGGCGCUCCACAUGGGCAUCAGCAGCAACCUGCGAUACCAGACCCUGAAUGGGGUCGAGUUCCUCCUUGGCAAUGUCAUGCCACCCCCGGUCUUCAAGGUGUCCGUGAUCGCACUCCGUUGCAUGAACAACGUGCUUGGUGGGAUGUCCUUCGUGUUGCUUGCAAGGCUCACUGGUGCGCAGAAAUCAGAUAAGCCGGCAUCUUCUGAUUCAGAAGCCAAGGAGAGAUUGAUAGCUGAGGGCGAUGCCAUUGCUGCUAAUGUUAGCAGUGAGGACAAGUGAUUUGGGUAUAGUAGACGGUAAGUAGGUCGGGGCAUGCUUGCUUGCGUUGUGCAUCGCCCUAGCCUCCUUUGCUUGGACACAGGCCAAGAAACUUGUAGAUGGUAAGUCGGUCGGUUGGUUGGUAAUAAUGAGUGAGGCUUGAAAUAUUUUGUUCAGUCAGUUCAUGGUGAUUUGGUGUUAUGAGAUGGCUUGCUUAGAUGAUCUUAGAAUAAAGUUUUAUCAUUCUCCCGUGUGCUCA